AUGGUUUCCGGGUCGGGUAUUUGUGCGAAGAGAGUAGUAGUGGAUGCCAGACACCACAUGCUUGGCCGCCUGGCCUCCAUUCUAGCCAAGGAGCUCUUGAAUGGGCAGAAAGUGGUGGUGGUCAGAUGCGAAGAAAUAUGCCUCUCCGGUGGACUCGUCCGCCAGAAGAUGAAGUACCUAAGAUUCCUCCGUAAGCGCAUGAACACCAAGCCAUCUCAUGGCCCGAUCCACUUCCGAGCUCCUUCCAAGAUUCUCUGGCGCACUAUCCGUGGGAUGAUUCCCCACAAGACUAAGCGAGGAGCAGCUGCUCUGGCUCGUUUGAAGGUUUUUGAGGGUGUCCCACCCCCAUAUGACAAGAUCAAGAGGAUGGUUAUUCCCGAUGCUCUCAAGGUUCUGAGGCUUCAAGCUGGACACAAAUAUUGUUUAUUGGGUAGACUCUCAUCUGAAGUUGGAUGGAAUCACUAUGACACAAUCAGGGAGCUUGAGAAGAAGAGAAAGGAGAGGGCUCAGGCCACAUACGAGAGGAAGAAGCAGUUGACAAAAUUGAGGGUCAAAGCAGAGAAGGUGGCCGAGGAGAAACUUGGCAGUCAACUUGAUAUUAUUGCUCCUAUCAAGUACUGA